AUGGAUUUCAAUGGGAUGUUUGGAGCCGAAGUGGAACAGUCAGAUGAGAACAGCUCGGAUGGAUAUUGUGGCCAUUAUUAUGCGAGUGACGACGAAGGUGACGAGGACGAAGGUGGUAAGGACUGCGGUGGUCAGGAAGGUGACCCAACAGGGCGCAGAGAAGAUGAACAUGGUAAUUUCUCAGGUGGUGCUAGUCAUGCAGGGGAUGGUGGCAAAAUUUGGCUGGUUAUGGCAGAGGAUUUCCUAGGCAGAGAGUUUGUUGGGGAGGAGGAUGCCUACCUUGCGUACAAGGAGUUUGCUAAGACGAGGGGUUUCGGGGUCCGCAAGGGAGAUGUGGAGGCGGAGGAGAGGUUGGAGAGUCGAACCGACUGCAAGGCGAAGUUGAAGAUUUACUAUGAUGUGCAACGCAGUGUGUGGAAGGUCAGGACCAUCUUCGAUGAGCACAGCCACAAGCUUGCUCCGGCCAUGUUUUCCCACCUCUUGCCUAGCCAUCGCAAGAUGAGUAACGGUGAUAAAGUGCAAGUUGAUAGCAUGAAGAAGUUUGGGAUACCAACCUCGAAGAUAAUGGCUUACAUGGCUGGUCAAUCUGGAGGGUAUGGAAUGCUGCGAUUUACAAAGCGUGAUUUGUAUAAUUACGUACACGGGCAAAGGAUGGCCCGAAUCAAUGAUGGUGAUGCUGCAGCAACGAUCAGUUACUUGGAGGGCAACGAAUGCCGACAUGACGACUGUGGCACGUUACACGCGAACUACAGAUAA